AAAUCAUUCUAAUUUGAAAGUAAACGUUCUGCGGCGAACAUGUCGGACAUCGAAACAGGAUUUCUGUGUCUUAUGACACGCCCUACGGAACCGCUCUUUUACCCCAAGUACAAUGGGGAGGUGUUUAUGGAUCUCCCCACCGAGUAUCUUCCCGAGCGGUAUCAACAAAUUGCUGAUUCGAUGAAAAAACUUCAUGGGUCCGUUGCAAAGCACCAUAUCACGAUCAAGCCGGUGGAGUUGCCAGACUUGGGAUACACGGAACGAGUGCCACGCUACGGUGACUUUAAUCUGUUCAAUCCAGCCCAACGGCAUGUGGCGGGACAACUGAUAGCGGAGCUGAUUGCACAGCCCGAUCCAGAGUCGAUGCUGUCGGUGGCGGCUUACGCUCGCGAUCGUUUGAACCCGAUCAUGUUUCAGUAUGCGCUUGCCGUGGCGUUGAUGCACCGGAAAGAUACGGGUACGGUACCGGUGCCAUCGUUUUUGGAAAUGUUUCCGACACGGUUCGUCGAUCCGGCCCUCUUUCCGAAGCUGCGCGAGGAAGGUUUUAUGGUGGAGCAGGACCAACGCGUGGCAAUUGAGGUCCCACACAAUGCUACCGCAUCCGUGGCGGAUCCGGAACAACAGUUGGCUUACUUCCGAGAGGACAUCGGUGUGAACCUACACCAUUGGCACUGGCAUCUGGUGUAUCCGCAGGAGGGUCCAGUUGAGGUGGUAAGAAAGGAUCGUCGCGGUGAGCUGUUCUACUACAUGCAUCGUCAGAUUACGGUACGGUACAAUGUGGAGCGGUUUUGCAAUAUGAUGCCUCCGGCAAAACCGUUGAAAAAUCUACGAGAACCCAUACCGGAGGCAUACUUUCCAAAGCUGUUGAACAGUGCGUUGAAUAGAACAUAUCCAGGUCGGGGCCCAAACAUGUUGCUGAGUCACGUCAAUCGUCCGGAGGAUGACGCAGUUACUACGAUUUUGGAACUGGAAACAUCACUGGGAAGAAUUAAGGAUGCAAUACAAACGGGAUUUGCCGUUGCAGAAGAUGGAACAAAGAUCCCGCUGGACGAAAAAACUGGCAUCGAUAUUCUCGGUAAUAUUGUCGAAAACUCGGUACUUUCGGUGAAUGUUCCGUACUACGGUAACUACCAUUCGCUCGGCCAUGUACUCAUCGGCUACAUCCACGAUCCGGACAAUCUGUUCCUCGAGGGGCACGGCGUGAUGGGAGACUUUACGACGGCGAUGCGCGAUCCAACCUUUUACCGCUUCCAUCAGCACGUGGACGAUGUGUUUGAUAUGCACAAGCAAAAGCUUCCACCGUACAAUGAGCACGAGCUUUCGUUCCCGGGAGUAUCCAUCGUGGACGCUACGGUACAGAUUACGAGUGGAAGGGCAGCCCGGAAUCGGUUGCUAACCUUCUGGCAACGGUCUCAGGUUGAUCUGGGAACGGGGCUGGAUUUCGGUCCGCAGGGAAAUGUGUUGGCUACCUUUACCCACAUCCAGCAUGCACCAUUUGCAUAUCAAAUCAUGGUGCACAACGAAACUUUCGAACCGAAGAAGGGAACGGUUCGCAUUUUUCUGGCGCCUAUUUACGAUGACAAGAGGGAGCAGCUUCUGUUGAGUGAGCAGCGUCGUUAUAUGAUGGAGCUGGACAAAUUUGUCGUAAAUCUGCACCCUGGUGAAAAUAGGAUCAUUCGUCGAUCGGAUCAAUCGAGUGUCACUAUACCGUACGAACGAACCUUCCGGCGUGUCGAUGCUUCCAACAUGCCCGGAACGGAGAACUUUCGCUUCUGCAAUUGCGGAUGGCCGGACCAUAUGCUGCUGCCCAAGGGUCAACCGGAUGGACAACCGUUCGAUCUGUUUAUAAUGGUGUCUGACUAUAAGGAUGAUGCAGUUGUUCCGGAUUUUAAUACGAAGGAAAAUUGCAAUGACUCACACUCGUACUGUGGACUACGGGAUCAGCUGUUUCCCGAUCGUCGUGCCAUGGGCUUCCCGUUUGAUCGCUUACCAGUUUCUGAGGAUCACCUGUUGAGAGAUUUUGUUGGAAGAUUCCCUAACAUGAGUCGCACGGUAGCGGAGGUGAUGUUUACCAACACAGUCAUUUCACGAACUUGAAACGGGUA